AUGCCGCUCACCCACUCGGUCGCGACCAAGCUCGGAAAGAAGCUGACGGACGUGCGCAAGGACGGCUCGCUCUGGUGGCUGCGCCCGGACGGGAAGACGCAGGUCACCAUCGAGUACCUGCAGAAGGCCGACGGCUCCGUGGAGCCCCAGAAGUUCCACACGAUCGUGAUUUCUACCCAGCACGCUGAGCCCUUGAAGGCCACACGCACGAAGGAGUGCGCCGGCUACACGGGCGCAGAGAUGACUGCACCCAGCAUGGAGGCUAUGAACAAGGAGAUCGUCGAGAAAGUGAUCAAGAGCACCCUCGCAGAGAUCAAGCUCAAGAGUGGUAAGCCUGCGCUCACCCUUUUCGGAGACCACACCCACCUGCACAUCAACCCGUCGGGCAAGUUCAUCAUCGGGGGUCCCCAGGGCGAUGCGGGCCUCACCGGCCGCAAGAUCAUCAUCGACACCUACGGGGGCUGGGGCGCCCACGGUGGCGGCGCCUUCUCUGGCAAGGACCCGACCAAGGUGGACCGCUCGGCGGCGUACAUCUGCCGGCAGAUGGCCAAGUCCGUGGUGAAGAGCGGCCUGUGCAAGCGCGCACUGGUGCAGCUGUCCUACGCCAUCGGCGUCGCGAAGCCGCUGUCGCUGUUCCUCGAGACUUACGGCACCGAGCAGGGCAAGCUGUCGGCCGAGGACAUCACCAACGUGCUCAAGAUUGAGUUCGACUGCCGCCCUGGCGCCAUCGCGGUGACGCUGGCCCUUCGCGAGCCCAAGUACCAGGAGACGGCGGCCUACUGCCACUUCGGCCGCGAGGCGUACACCAAGGAUGGCAAGAAGUAUUUCGAGUGGGAGAACGCCAAGGACGUCAAGAAGUACGCCUCGAUGGAUUCGGCGCAGGUGUCUGCGGCACUGAAGGCGAGCAACUACUUGACUAAAUGGGUGGACUGA